AUAUAGAUCUGCGUUUCCUCAAAGUAUCGCUCACAUGACUGUUUUCCUCUGGUCGUGAAAACAGCAACACAGCUCAUUUGUUGUCUCGACGGCUGUGUUAUAGACACGACAUGACCCGGUUUAUGUUUUAUAUUCUUUUACGUUCAAGCUGCCUUAACCACAAAUCUCUGGUUUAAAACCCUUCACAAGGUUUCCUGGACACCAUGGCUCAGUGACAUAAUUUCACAGACUUGAUAUUUCCCGGGUCAGCCGGGUGCCAUGCCUUUACCAAAUGGCUACUCCAUCAACUCAGCCCCUUCGGAGGAGCGCAAGGACAGUGAGCCCCUUAUCGAGAAUGAUGCAGUUCCUCCUGUGUGCUGCUCGGCUCGCCUCAACCUGGCCUUCCUGAUGUUCUUGGGGUUCUCCAUGGUCUACGGUCUUCGUGUCAACCUGAGUGUUGCCAUGGUAGCCAUGGUGAAUACCACUGAUUCCAAACCAGCCCAGAACAGCUCCAUCACCUCUGCCUGUCCCCUGCCAACAGGGACGGAAAACACCAGUGACACUUUACUACAACCUGAGGGGGUCCCCCAGUAUCCUUGGGACUCGGAGACUCAGGGCUGGCUGCUGGGAGCCUUCUUCUUCGGCUACCUGUGCACACAGAUCCCGGGGGGCUACCUGUCCGGUCACUACGGGGGGACCAUCUUCCUGGGUUUGGGUGUGCUGGGCACCGCGGUCCUCACGCUGCUCACCCCUCUGGCUGCCCAGAUGGGGUCGUAUUGGCUGUUUGCACUGCGAGCGUUGGAGGGCUUUGGAGAGGGUGUGACGUUCCCAGCCAUGAUGUCCAUGUGGGCUCGGUGGGCUCCUCCUCUGGAGCGCUCUCGCCUUAUGUCCCUGUCGGGAUCUGGGGGCAACUUUGGGGCCUUUGUCGCUCUGCCGCUCACCGGCUACAUCUGCCAAACCUUAGGGUGGCCUGCUGUCUUCUACAUCUGUGGGGGUGCUGGUUGCCUCUGGGCCGUCUUUUGGUUUAUUUUUGUAUCCGAUGACCCUCGUACUCAUCGUCAAAUCAGCAAAGAGGAGAGAGAUUACAUCAUAAACUCCAUCGGACCUCAGGGUACAGGUCAUGGCUGGUCCGUGCCCCUUCUAUCCAUGCUGCUGUCGGUUCCUCUGUGGGCCAUCAUCAUCACCCAGAUGUGUACAAACUGGUCCUACUACACCCUGCUCACCUCCCUGCCUACCUAAAUGAACGUCAUCAUGCACUUUGACCUUAAAUCAAAUGGUUUCCUCUCCGCUCUGCCGUACCUCGGCGGCUGGUUGUUCUCAACACUGUCAGGUGUCGUAGCUGACCGUCUCCUCGAGAGGAGGGUGUUCAGCGUCACUGUCGUACGCAAGCUCUUCACAGUUGCAGGUCUGUUGCCACCCUCAGCUCUCCUCGUGGGUGUGAGUUACGCUGGCUGCAGCCACAUCCUCACUGUCACCCUCCUCACACUCUCCAGCACCCUAGGAGGGAUCACUGCCUCUGGAGUCUAUAUGAACCAAAUAGACAUUGCUCCGCGGUACGCUGGAUUUCUUUUGGGAAUCACUAACACAUUUGGGACCAUUCCUGGAGUCUUGGCACCCAUAGCUACGGGAUACUUUACUGAAGAUCACACCCUGGCAGGCUGGAGGAAGGUGUUCUGGGUGGCAGCUGGGAUUAAUGCCUGUGGCGCUCUCGUCUUCACCUUAUUUGGCAGCGGGAAGAUCCAGCCGUGGGCCCUCACUGAGGAGGAGAGAGCAGAAGCUGAGAAACAUAGGAGCAGGUCCAUCUCCACAUAA